AUGCAUGCGACAGGACGCCCUGACUUCAUUUGGACCCCGAAUGGAAUACGAGCCGCCCGACCUGAACUCUCUAUUCGCGUACCCCAGAUUCCGGCCCGGGCUGCCGCUGCAAUUCGAGGUUUCUCCAGUCCUUUUAGCAAUGAGGGUAGCAGGGCACGUCGAAGUGUCCCUUUGAAUGCCGUGCCUGAGCCACAAAAGGUCAGAAGCAGUUACGAAAGCCUGGACUCUGAAUCAGAUGAUGGCCCUAUGCCCUCUGCCAGAGGAAGGACUCUGAGCCCAAGGUCGCCCGACACUCCAGUCGGUGCUCUUGACAGUCGCGUGCUUGCGCAAGGGACCCCAGCCGGGCUCGCCCAUGGACUCACAUUCGGCACAACGAACGAUAGCCUUUACGCCAACAUAUCUCGGCUUCCAUUCCCUCUGGUCAGUCUGCCCGAUGCGGCUAGAAUUCAACGUUAUCGAAUCGAUCGAGGCGAGGAAGACCACACAGAUCUCCCGGGCUCCUUUGCGGCCAGGGCCAGGUCAACUAGGUCUGGCACCUUCAGUUCGAUGUCGUCUCGUACGAGUCCCUUGACCCCACUCUCACCAUUCGGUGAUCUGCGUGAGAGCGUUACGACGUCAACGCCGGCCCGUCCACCAACUGCGCAUCAAGACCCAUUUUCGCGCAGAAAGGACACUCCAAGCUUCGAUACUACUCAAAGCAGACUUCACUCAUCGGCCCUCCUAGGAGGCUCUCCUGCUACACCGGUGCCACGCCGACCUUCUGGAGGACCUUGGUACAAUGUGGGGCUGCGCGACAGUCCCUCGAUCUUGGGUGUCGACCUUCGGCGCCUUCGUGGUUUUUCGCUUCGAACUCGGCAGAGACGUACCGGGGCUGUUGGACAGAGUUUUGAGAUGUUUAGUCGAUCGGAAACUGAGCUAAUCCGCUCGGCGAGAGAGGACAUGCUCCUGCAUAGGUCAAUGCGAGGCCGGGAGAAUGACCCUGAAAAGGCCAUCUUCCUAGUGGUCAUGGUGCUGACCCUGAUCCUGCCUCCAAUCGGACUCAUCGCACUGCUGGGCCACUUUGAUUCGGCUAUUUCGUGGUAUACCCACGGCGAAGCGCACUGCUUCACCAAAGAGCAACGUUCUAUUUUGAAACAGCAACUGAUGGUUGAGGGAGCGCUCUAUGUCGGUCUAGUCAUUGCUCUGGCCGUCUACUUCAAGCGACACAACUGA